AGGAAGUGUUUGAGGAAGAGGCUCCGGGCCGGGUGUGUGGAGAUUGCCCGCGCUCGUUCAUGUCUGCCGCGGGAGGGGGUGUCCCAGCGCGCAGUCUGGCCGCCCCCGUCCUGGCCCCGCGGCCCCACCGGCAGGGUUAGCAGGGCAUCAGGAUGAGCUGGUCACCUUCCCUGCCAACCCAGACAUGUGGGGCCUGGGAGAUGAAAGAACGACUUGGCACUGGGGGAUUUGGAAAUGUCAUCAGGUGGCACAAUCAGGAGACGGGCGAGCAGAUUGCCAUCAAGCAGUGCCGCCAAGAGCUUAGCCCACGGAACCGAGACCGCUGGUGCCUAGAAAUCCAGAUCAUGAGAAGGCUGAACCAUCCCAAUGUGGUGGCUGCCCGGGAUGUCCCAGAGGGGAUGCAGAACUUAGCACCCAAUGAUUUACCUCUGUUGGCUAUGGAGUACUGCCAAGGAGGAGAUCUUCGAAAGUAUCUGAACCAGUUUGAGAACUGUUGUGGCCUACGGGAAGGAGACAUCCUCACCCUGCUGAGUGACAUUGCAUCUGCUCUUAGAUACCUUCAUGAAAACAGAAUCAUCCAUCGAGAUCUGAAGCCAGAAAACAUUGUUCUGCAGCAAGGAGAGCAAAGAUUAAUACACAAAAUUAUUGACCUAGGCUAUGCCAAGGAACUGGAUCAGGGCAGUCUGUGUACUUCGUUUGUGGGAACCCUACAGUACCUGGCCCCUGAGCUGCUGGAGCAGCAGAAGUACACUGUGACCGUGGACUACUGGAGCUUUGGCACCUUGGCCUUCGAGUGCAUCACUGGCUUCCGGCCGUUCCUCCCCAACUGGCAGCCUGUGCAGUGGCAUUCCAAAGUCCGGCAGAAGAGUGAAAUGGACAUCGUUGUUAGUGAAGACUUGAAUGGAACAGUGAAAUUUUCAAGUUCAUUACCCUACCCCAAUAAUCUCAACAGUGUCCUGGCUGAGCGUCUGGAGAAGUGGCUGCAGCUGAUGCUUAUGUGGCACCCCAGACAAAGGGGCACAGACCCCCAGUACGGUCCCAAUGGCUGCUUCAAGGCACUGGAUGACAUCCUGAACUUGAAACUGGUUCAUAUUUUGAACAUGGUCACAGGCACCAUUCACACCUACCCUGUGACGGAAGACGAGAGUCUGCAGAGCCUAAAGGCAAGAAUCCAGGAAGACACGGGAAUCCUGGAGAAGGAUCAAGAGCUGUUGCAAGAGGCAGGUCUGGCAUUGCUCCCUGACAAGCCUGCUACUCAGUGUACCUCAGAGGGCAAGCUAAACGAGGGCCACACACUGGACAUGGAUCUUGUCUUUCUCUUUGACAACAGUAAAAUCACCUAUGAGACUCAGAUCACCCCACGGCCCCAACCUGAAAGUGUCAGCUGUAUCCUUCAGGAACCCAGGCGAAACCUCCCUUUCUUCCAGCUGAGGAAGGUAUGGGGCCAAGUCUGGCACAGCAUGCAAACCCUGAAGGAGGACUGCAACCGGCUACAGCAAGGACAGCGAGCUGCCAUGAUGAAUCUCCUUCGGAAUAACAGCUGCCUCUCCAAAAUGAAGAACUCCAUGGCCUCCAUGGCUCAGCAGCUCAAAGCCAAGUUGGAUUUCUUUAAAACCAGCAUCCAGAUUGACCUGGAGAAGUAUAGUGAGCAGACUGAGUUUGGGAUCACAUCAGAUAAACUGCUGCUGGCCUGGAGGGAAAUGGAACAGGCUGUGGAGCUGUGUGGGCGGGAAAACGAAGUAAAGCAUUUGGUGGAGCGGAUGAUGGCACUGCAGACUGACAUCGUGGACUUACAGCGGAGCCCAAUGGGUCGGAAGCAGGGAGGCACACUGGAUGACCUAGAGGAGCAAGCAAGGGAACUCUACAGGAGACUAAGGGAAAGGCCAAGAGACCAGCGAACAGAUGGCGACAGUCAAGAAAUGGUACGGCUGCUACUUCAAGCAAUCCAAAGCUUCGAGAAGAAAGUACGAGUGAUCUAUACGCAGCUCAGUAAAACCGUGGUUUGCAAGCAGAAGGCUCUGGAAUUGCUGCCCAAGGUGGAAGAGGUAGUGAGUUUAAUGAAUGAGGAUGAGAAGACUGUCGUCCGGCUUCAGGAGAAGCGGCAGAAGGAGCUCUGGAACCUCCUGAAGAUUGCAUGUAGCAAGGUCCGGGGUCCUGUCAGCGGAAGCCCAGACAGCAUGAAUACCUCUCGACUCAGUCACCCUGGGCAGCUAAUGUCCCAGAGUUCCACUGCCUGCGAAAGUGCACCUCAGUCAGCCCAGAAAAGUGAGGAGCUACUGGCUGAAGCACAUACUCUCUACACCCAGCUUGAAAGUGCCCUGCAAGAGACCGUGAAGGGGCAGCACCAGAGUUUCAUGACUUUGGACUGGAGCUGGUUACAGAUGGAAGAUGAAGAACAGGGUGGCCUGGAACAGGCCUUGUGACUGAAGCCUCACCUGGCCCUUCCUUGGCUCUCCCCUGGUGGCUCUUGCCAUGAUGAUGUCCCAGUAGUCUCCAGCAUCUAGAAAGAGACCUCACUCCCCCAGCAGCUGGGAUGUUCACCCUGGAUCAGAACUGUGCCAUCGCCAGGCUGUUGCUGGCUCUGUCUGCACACGGGAAGCCCUCCAUCACAAAGGCCAAGUGAACCCAGAUAAGAGAAUGUGGGGAAAUGCCUUCACAGCUGCUUCCUUUGCUGUGAGAACAGUGCCGAGUACAGCUUGCCAUACAGACACUGGACAAAUGUCUGCCGUUGAAUGUUUCAGCAUAGCUGCCCUCCUGUCCUGUCUGGACUCCAGGAGGUCCUGAUCUGCCUGUCUUCCCUCUCCUUACAGCUAGGACUUCAUGUGGAUCUAGCCUCUCUCAGACUUUUAGUGGUAGGUUUGGCAGCCCCGUCCACUUUGCUUGUUUCCUUUUCAUCGCUGCUAAAUCUGAUUUUAUCCACUGUGCUAGUGAUUGUUUGGCACACGACUUUGAGUGAGUUAUAUUCAUGCCCAGCUCCUGCUGUCUGCUGUCUGGAAGCCACAGUGACUCACAGAGCCAGAUGGGAAGAGCAGCAACCUUCUUUUGAGUCCCAAGGAUUUCCUGAGAGUCAGUUGUCAUAGGGAAGAUGGCAUGGUGUGGUGGGUGCCAGCUGCUAGGCUGCUGAACACCAUGCUGCACCUCGACGCCCGUCACAUCCACCUGUGUGUGCUGAUGGGGUGGGGUUGCCACCACUCACAUCAGCUUAGCUAUAUUAUUGAAUUGGUUUAUUUUAAACAUUGUCUCUAUAUUUUGUAACAUGAUUCAAAUGUGUAUUCUAGGCUCUACAGUUUUAUUUGUACCAUACUCAUGGUUAGAACUUGUGCAGUCAAAAUCCAACAUAAUGGAAAAUUACCUGUAUAAUAAGUAGUGCAGUAUGAUUGUUGCUCCAACAUCACAUAAACUUGGGUGCGUGCAUGCAUGUACACAUGCGCAAAAAGCAAAGCAAGCUCUGGUUCUUAUAAGCAGGUGCAUUUGGAGAAGAAAAUUAGAGCAUAGGAAUUUCACCAAGUGGCUGCAGUGGAUAUAGGAAACAGUCCCCGGUCAAGAAUGGGAAAUGCUUUAGGCUGUAAUUCAUUCAUCUUAUAGAUUCACACAGUGCACUGGAAAGUAUCUGAAAAAAAUCUUACAAUAAAGAUGCUAGCUUAACACUAUAUAAAUCCACUGCUAACCAACAUAAUUUGAUCAUAGAACUCUACCUCCCCUCCCUCAUACUCGUUUAAUGUUGAUCAACAUCUAGAAUACCUAGAGUUUGAGAACAUGAUUUUAUAAACCUGGAAAGGAGACAAAAUAGGAAAUAAGAUUAAAAUUACAUGGCUAGAACAA